CGCACGCCAUCGGAGGGCGCGGCGCAGAGCAUGGAGCCACGGCCCAGGGGCUGUGCGGCGGUGGCUGUGGCUCUCCUCAUGGUGCUGCUGGGAGCCCAGGGCCAGGGUAGCACGCCUAGCCCUGGGUGUGACUGUGCGGGUGACGCCCAGAAGAGAAAUGGUCUGUUCUGUUGCAGGGGCUGUCCAGCAGGGCACUACCUGAAGGCCCCCUGCACAAAGCCCUGUGGGGCUGCUACCUGCCUUCCAUGCCCCCAGGGCACCUUCCUGGCCAGGAAGAACCACCAUGAGACCCGCUGUGCCCGUUGCCAGGCCUGUGAUGAGCAGGCCUCUCAGGUUGCCCUGGAGAACUGCUCAGCAGUGGCAGACACCCGCUGCGGCUGCGAACCGGGCUGGUUCUUGGAGUGCUCAGUCAGGCAAUGCAGCGCUGGCUCACACUUCCACUGCCGUCCGUGCUCAGACUGCGAGGCCCUGCACCGCCAUACCGUUGUGCCCUGUGAGUUCCCCCUGCCCUUGUUCCAAGCUACCUGCCCCACAUCUUUCCUCUCCCUGCCUCCCUUCUCAUCCAUCCUGACCACACCAUCUCUUGGACCUUGGACCGUAGGUUCAGGCAGAGAUACUGACUGCGGGUCCUGCCUGCCUGGCUUCUAUGAACAUGGUGAUGGCUGCGCACCCUGCCCCACGAGCACCCCUGGGAGCUGUCCUGAGCCCUGUGCUACUGUCUGUGGCUGGAGGCAGAGUAGGUGGUUUGCUGGAAAUGGGAGCAGGAGUGCUGGGAUGGGCCAAGGGGAGGUUGGGGGUACCCACCCACCAGAUGCCUUUUCAGUGUUUUGGGUCCAGGUGCUCCUGCCAGCCCUGGUGGUCCCACUCCUGCUUGGCGCCACACUGACCUGUACGUACCGCUGCUACCAGCCUCGCAAGCCAGUGAUUCCCGCAGAUGAAGCUGGGAUGGAGGCCCUGAACCCCCUGCAGGCCACCCAUCCCUCAUCUCCGGGCAGCACCCACACCCUUCUGGCCCCACCCGGCAGCAAUGAGAAGGUUUGCACCGUCCAGUUGGUAGGCAACAGCUGGACCCCUGACACCCCCCAGACGCAGGAGGCUGCCUGCCCGGAGGUGCCAUGGUCCUGGGACCAGCUAACGAGCAGAGCCCUUGGCCCGCCUCUGGCGUCUGCGCUUUCGCCAGCGCCCCCUGCAGGCUUGGCAGUUGCCACGCUCCAGCCGGGCCCGCAGCUUUACGACGUGAUGGACGCGGUGCCCGCGCGGCGCUGGAAGGAGUUCGUGCGCACGCUGGGAUUGCGCGAGACGGAGAUUGAGGCCGUGGAAGUGGAGGUUGGCCGUUUCCGCGACCAGCAGUACGAGAUGCUCAAACGCUGGCGCCAGCAGCAGCCCGCAGGCCUGGGCGCCGUCUACGCGGCCCUGGAGCGCAUGGGGCUGGAUGGCUGCGCCGAGGACCUGCGCAGCCGCCUGCAGCGAGGCCCGUGAUGCGACCCGCCCUCCUCCUCAGGGCGCGGGUGGCCCUUGGAGAAGCCCUAAGUACGGUUACUUAUGCAUGUAGACAUUUUAUGUCACUUAUUAAGCCUCUGGCACGACCCUGCGUAGCAGCAUCCUCCAGCCUCGGCCCUGCUCGCUCCAGGGUUCAGGUAGAGAAGCGUUGACGAAAGGCGGGGAGAGGUCAGGUGAUGGCUACACUAUUUCUUGGCCUGAGUGUGGCCGAGGCCUUCGUAUUAAAUCUAUGAAGAAAAGCUGCUGCUUGGUGUUUCCCCGGGACUGGGGAGUAUUACAUGGCCCGAGCUUGGUUUUCUGGAGGGCGUCGAAAGGGCCUGGGGUUCUGCCAUCCCUGGGUCUGGGACAGACAGGGGUUCUUAGGGGCCGUGUGGCCCCUAGCCCCAAAGCCGCCUCCUCUCACAUUCGCCGCGGCCCGGUUAGCCCAAGAGAAGGAGAGAGUCAGAGAAAGAGGAAGCUCCGGCGACGGCGAGUGAGAGUGCGCAGGAGCCCCAGCGGCUGAGAGAGCUUUAAUGGGGACGCGGGGCGGGGGCGCGGCAGCGAUUGGAGACACAGGUUCGGGGCCCCUCGUCCUCCACUUCUUCCACCGCGGCUGUGAGAGGACCCGGGAGCGAGGGGUCUGGCCGGAGCUGGGGCGCAGGCCUAAUUGGGGAGGAGGCAGAGGCGGCCCGGGAGCAGUAGUCUCCAACUCGACCGGCAGUUUGCAGUUUUCAUCGUUUCUGGUAAAUGACUGAGAGGAAACCCUUGACGGGGAUGGGAAACGCGGCCGGGCUGGGUGGCUCACAUCUGGGUCAGGAAGGGAGGAAAGCCCCGAACCCAGCGCUGCGCCGGCCUCCGCCCAGGAUGCUCCCGCGACGCAGGUUCCGGGGUGCGGGGGAGGGGGCUGCAGGCGGCGCGCGCCCCGUAGGAAAACAAAGUCACUGCCCUAAAGCUGAGAGAGCUCUGCGCAUUGACAUUCAACAAACAUGCAAAUAUAUGUAAAUAUUCAUGCAAAUAAGCAGCAACUUUUUUGUCUUAACAGCGUGGACACUUUUUCUGAGCGGCUGCGGGUGCGCUUCAGCGUCACCCUGGGCUG